AUGAAAUUCCACCGAAUUCAUGGCAGGAACAUCCAGCUAACAGAUGGCGACACUCGAGCAGUUCGCACGUCUUCUUUUUGCGAUGCCAUAACAUUCGGGAAUAAGCCGUUAUCUAUUAAUUCCCGAAUUUCCGUCCAGCUCAAUGCCUCUGAAGAAUGGAGUGGAGCCUUACGUCUAGGAGUGACGUCACAUGAUCCUAGUUCACUAACGACCUCUAUGCUACCUCGUUUUGCCUGUCCUGACGUUUUUUUUAAAGAAGGAUUUUGUGCUCGACCGAUACCAGAAGAAUGGGCGAGGGAUGGAACCAAAUUAACAUUCUACGUCAACAGCCAAGGGUAUUUCCAUGUAUUCGUCAAUAACGAACAUAAGGGGGCGCUCCUAUCAGGACUUUCAGUCAAGGAGCAGCUGUGGCCUAUUUUGGACCUCUAUGGAAUAACUGUAUCAAUCAAAUUUAUAGCAACAGAAAGCAACCCACCUGAAGAAGUAGUCGCUAGGGGCCCUGAAGCUCUUCGAGCAUAUGAACACUCAUGUUGUGAAGGCAGUAUCCCACUCUUUCAUACACGGAUAUUUCUUAUUGGACCGCCAGGUGGCAAUACUACUUUACUGAAAUGGAAAUUGGUUGGAAAAAGAUUGCCAGAAGUGGAGCAGGAUUUUCUUGGAAUCAAUACACAUUUCACGUGCCAAACGGUUGAAGAAAAAGGAAAAAGCUGGAACAUUGUUAGCAAUACAAUGGAAGAAGACACUGAGGAUAUGGAGAAAUAUCUUUUAUCCACAAUGACAGAGAACGACCGAUUUGAAGACGAGUAUUACAGGGCGAUUGCUGUAAACGUUGUUAAAGAACUUCUUUUGCAACGAAAGAAGAAACACGAAGGAAAAAAGAGAACGCCAUUUGCAAAAAGUGCCCUACGCCUACAGUCGAGUCUUUCGAAGAAGGGAACUACCGGUCGACGUUCGAAUAAAAUUGAGAAUAUUGAAAAUGUCAACAUUAACAAACAAACAUUAAGUUUGAAGCUCUAG